CGCUUCAUUGCCUCAUGGCGCGCACAGCGCUCUAACACUCCUCCCGCAGUUGGAAGACUGAGACUCGCGCAUCGAGAUCUGGGUUCUUCGCAACGCCCAUCAUGCCGCCGGCUUUGAGCGAUGACGACAACGAGAGCGACGGUCCCGAUAUGAUUCCGGCCAAGGGCGAGAUUCCCGUCAAUAACGAAGAUGCGAACGACGACGAGGAAGAGGAAGAGGAGGCGGCGGAUGACGUAGAAGACGACGACGACGACAACGACGAUGAAUCGGAGGAGGAGUAUCACGUCGAGAAGAUCGUCAAGCAUGGCUUCACCGACAACGACCAGACCAUCUACCAGAUCAAGUGGCUGGGGUACGACAAGAAAUCAGACCUCACGUGGGAGCCGCUGAAAAAUCUGGAGAACGCGCUGGAGAUCGUCGAGGCAUACCAUGCGAGCAUAGGCGGUCCUCCGCAGCCUCCGAGCAAUAAAAAGAAAGGAGCCAUGGGCAAGCGUUCGGCAUCUGCUGCGUUCGACUCUCCUAGUGCCAAUGCCGGCAGUGCGAAAAAGGGGCGCAAGUCCAAUGGCGAGAAGCGAUUCACGCCGCCGGACGGAUCCUGGGAGAAUCACGUUGCGCGUGUGGCCAGUAUCGUCGAGGAGGCCUACGACAUUACCAAGCCCAAGUCGGGCGUCCCGAGCAAGUCGCUGCUCGUGCUGAUGGAGUGGAACGACGGCCACAAGACCACCUUUCCCCUCGAGACCGCGCGGCGCAAAUGUCCCCAGCGAUUACUCGACUACUACGAACAGCACCUGAGAUUCUUCCCCGGAGAUGAGGGACCUUGAUCGGCUGACGCGCAAUGUCCUGCAGUGUCUUUCGCACCGCGACUGCAGAUGAAGUUCAGGAGUAGAUGAUUUGGACGGAGGAGGCGAUGAAUGAAAGAGAGGGGGUUUUCGGAGUUUCGCCACGCCUGUCUUGGAUGAAAUCCUACGUUGGUCUGUUAGAAGUCGCGGUGGGAGUGCUUCACCCGGCUUUCACUCACUCCAACGUGCAGUAGGCACAGGACAGGGUAACCCCCAUAGGACGGCAAACGUGUGCCUCUCGUCUGCCGCAUUGCGGGAUUCGAGUCCUCAUUAGCGACGAUCAAACAGAAGAGUAUCGAGCCUC